UUGAGACCGCCGCUGCCACGGCGUUCGCGAAGGCUUAUGUCCUGGCACCAAUAGAGGCUUGUCCCAACAGGACGCAGUGGCACAGGCGGCGCGACUUGUUGGGUAUUCUGAAGGCUAUAGGCGGGCAUGGAAUUUUCUGGCCGAUGAUGAUCUGGAUGCAAGUGAAAGGGAGAGAUGUUACACCUGACUGAGAGCGAGAGGACCGACGAUGACUGCCACUACGGCGCGUACCUGCAAAGGCUCAUUUGGUGUCAGAGGCGAGACCUCUUCCAGUUGCCGCCGGAGCCAGCUGCAUUGCCUACCCAGCAGGCACUUGCCAGCAACCGAUCAGCUGUCGAUGCGAACCAGAGACUCCAUUCAGAACUGGUGUUCAAGAUACAACAGGUUGACGUGAUAUCCAAGCAGCAUGAUGCAAGAUCAAAGCAGCUUGAUGAGAGAUCAAAGCAGCUUGAUGCGAGAUCAAAUCUGCUUGAUGAGAGAUCAAAGCAGCUUGGCAUGCUACCUGAACCAGGCAUUGAACACAGUGACGCACACGCGCUCAAGGAGGCGCUGGCUGUCAAUGAAAGAAAAAGAAACAAUGACUUGCAAGACUCUUGGAAAGCUCGAUUAGUGCUGAUGGAAGUCUUGACCGAAGAGGCGCAUAUAGGUAUCAGAUGGAUGGGCAAACUUGACCCAAGAGAAUUUGCAAAUGCUUGUAGACAACCACAAAACGAUGCACAAGUUGAUUCUGAUGCUCUUUGCUCCAAGUGGCAAGAUGAGAUUAACAACAGAUUCUGGUGUCCGUUUAGGGUAUUCACUGCUGAUGGUAAAGAGACGAGAAUUCUCUCCGAAGACGACAACAAACUUCAGAAGUUAAAAGAAGAGCAUGGUGAAGAAAUCUAUGGCUUGGUAAAAAAAGCGCUGCUUGAAAUCCUAACCGAGCUGCUGGAAAAGAGCUAUGGAACAACAUGGACGGACGGAGAGCAACACUGGAAGAAGCUAUCAAGUUCAUCGUGA